CGCGCCCUCCUCUGGUCCCGGUUCAGGUGCAGAGAAACGUCUGGGGGAGGACGCAGGUGCUCAAGAGAGGUGGGGCGGUGAAGGCGCCCGAGUGGUGAACCCAAGAUCGAACCUGCAGACCCAGCGCAAAGUAGAAACUGAAAGUACAUUGCCGGCUGAUCCUACGGAAGUUAUGGGAAAGGCAAAGCGCAGAGCCGGGCCGUGGUGUGUGCCGCCCCCCUUGGGAUGGAUGAAGCAGCAGGCGCGGCGUGGGUGAAAGGAACCAGCCGCAGAGACCGCCCUACCCAGCACGCGCUCCCAGCAACUCCGCGGAAGACCAGGGGCCUGGCAGCGACUAUGGGCGGUGAGAGCUUGCUCCUGCUGCAGUUGCGGUCAUCAUGACCACGCCCGCCUCCCGCAGACCAUGUUCCAUGUUUCUUUUAGGUAUAUCUUUGGAAUUCCUCCCCUGAUCCUUGUUCUGUUGCCAGUAGCAUCAUCUGAUUGUGAUAUUGAAGGUAAAGACGGAAGAGAAUAUCAGCACAUUCUAAUGAUCAGCAUCAAUUACUUGGACACCAUGAUAAAAAAUCGUACCAAUUGCCCGAAUAAUGAACCUAACGUUUUUAAAAAACAUGCAUGUGAUGAUAAUAAGGAAGCUGUGUUUUUAUAUCGUGCUGCUCACAAGUUGAAGCACUUUGUCAAAGUGAAUAACAGUGAGGAAUUCAAUCUCCACUUAUCAAGAGUUUCACAGGGCAUGUUACAGUUGUUGAACUGUACCCCCAAGGAAGACAGCAAAUCUUUAAAGGAACAGAGAAAACAGAAGAGCUUGUGUUUCCUAGGGAUACUACUACAAAAGAUAAAAACUUGUUGGAAUAAAAUUUUGAGGGGCUCUAAAGAACAUUGAAAAAUAUGGAGUGGCAAUAUAAAGACAUAUGACUUUAGUUGUAUCUUCCAAGAAUCUAUUUGCUCAUACAGUUUUUGGGGGUAGAAUACCCUAGAAGUGACAGAAUGCCUCCUGGUAAAAGUGGAUUACAGCAGCUGAGAAAUUCAUACAAUAGAACUAGAACUAGAAGGACGCAGACAGUGGAAACCAAAUGCUGCAAUCAACAAACUAUUUUAUAUGUUUUUGGACAUAAUCAAUCAGUAUUAAUUCUGUGAUUUUUGUAAGAUAAUCCAUGUAAACUAUUAGUUGCAAUAAUACCUUUUAAACCUGUUUUAAAAUUUCAGAAGAAGAGAUAAAAUCUGUGAAGUAUAUAAAGGUUGCAAGGAUUAAAAAAUAACAUUGCUUUAUUAUCAAAUUAAUUUUAUGCAUCAGCAUCCUACAAUGAGAGUGGAAAUUGGUGUCUCUGUGCUGAAAAUGUUUCAGAAUUAACAGUGAGAUGUGGGUAAUGUCCAUGAGAGGAGGAGUCAUAUACCUUAAAGCAGCAGCAGUAUGAAGGAGUACAAGAGAUUUAAGAGAGAGAUUAAGACAUGUAAUCAUACAUGAAUGUAUAACACAGUGCCUUCACUAGAUGGUAUAGCAAAUGUUUUAAGAUGACCAUAAAGAAUAGUUUCACAAAAUAGAAACUCACCUGUUCUAAGGAUGCUAAACCAUAAUACUGAGUUAUUUUGGUCAUUUAUAUGUAAUAAAAUUUGUCUAAAUGAGUUUGCAAUUUGGGAAGUAUAUUUUUAACAGAAUAAUAUAUGUUGACCUUUUAAUUAAUGAAAUGUGUAUAUUUAAUUUUGACACUGUAUCUGUAUUAUAUACAAAUAUUUUCAUACAGUAUUACAAACGUUGCUUAGUUUGGAUAACAUUCCUCCUUUGAUAAUAAAUGGCCUAUGUAAUAACACUGUCAGAUUCACUUAAUGCCUUUUAAAACAAGAUUUUAAUACUGUACCACUAUUUGAUCUCUCACUGCCAUUGAAUAUGUGACUUUUAAUACCUUAUUACUCAGAAUGUGCAUGAAACCAGGACCCAAAACUAUAUAAGAACAGGAACUUUGCUUUCUAUGUUAAAUUUUAGUCUAUUAAAAGAAGCUUUUGUAUAUACCACAUCCAGUUUAGAAAAGUCUGCCAAUAGUCUUUGCUUACUUAUAAAGGGAAAUGAAAAACCUAUUCUAGCCAGGCCACAGUCCUUCAGCAGCCACCACUUUGCUUAACUCACAGCCUUACUGCUCUUUUACGCUUUCAUUACCACCUGGUAAAGUGCUGACCGGCUUUGAGCUUCAGAUGAGGCUCUGGUGCCAGUGUGUGGUGUUAAGACUUUCCUCUCGGUUCAGGUUUGUGUCCCUGCCUCUCUUUCUCCCUCUCCCUAAAUCCUAUGGCGUUUCACCCUCACUGGUGCAGGUAGCUGUGUAGAAUUGUACAGACAGUUGUACAGAAUUCACUGACUGCUCCAUUAAUAGGGCUUUGAAUCAAGUAUGUUUUUGUUUGGUUUUCAUUAUUAACUCCAGAAAAGGGGGCUAACACUUUCAGGAGCAAAUGAUUCUUCACCAAGCUCUUUCUUCAGAUGGACUUUUCCAAGUAAGCUAUGCUUCCUUCCACCAUAAAACAUGGUCAACUGUGUGGUACACCUUCACUCUGAUGAACUGGUAUUGUCGGUAAACCAUCAGCUGUAGAAAUGAGGGAAUUUUAAGUUUCUAAGGCAAACUCUUCAAACUGUCCUUGAAAGUGUUCCUUGAAGCCUGUCUAAAACAUCCCUAACAAGUGUUGAAAAGAAUUCCGAGAUUAUGGCAAAAUAAAGAACAAUAUUUUUAAAUGCUUGCAAUAAGUUAUUAAAAUUUUCUUCCUUGAUUUUCAUUUGUUUAUGAUAUGUUUGAAUUUUAGAGAAAAUUCACACUCAAAACAGUAUUCAGCCUAUACUGUGUACCAAAUGCUUGAAAAAAAAAUACCCAGGCAUUUAUGGUUGUAUUUACCUUCGUUGUUUCCUACCCACUAGGAAGGUAAGUGGAGACAAGGCAGGCUAGUUAAUAACUAACUUGGAUAUUAUAUUUUUAUAUUUUUACUCUCCAAUUAGAGACUUGUUUUAUCCCAAUGAACAUUUUCUUUCCGGUAUGUACAUAUACAAUGCUUUAAAGCAGUAUUUUCUAAAGUUUGUCCCAAGUAAUCCUAAUCCUCAUCAAUGCUACAGAAAAAGAUGAUGACGGCACAGAAGAUGAAGAAAGAUGAGGAGGAGGAGAAAUAUAAAAAGAAAAAUAAAAAGAGGGAGGAUUCUGAGUUCUGGAGUCAGAUAAAUUUUCUUUCAGAGAUUUACAAUUUAUACAAGUAUAUUAAAGGAUGUAUAAACACAUACAGCUUUAAAAAAAAAAGCUUAACACUAAAAAUCAUUUCCAAAAUUUGACUAGAGAGUGCUACUUUUAUGUAAAAUCCAUUACCUAAAUGCACUUUGGGGAAUAUUGCAUUAUAUAAAGGGUCUCAAUUAAAAGUCUUUUAGAAUAGGCUCCCAAGGAAUCCAUUGAAGGAAAUACUCCUUCCAGGAUUAAGACAAUUCUCUUAAAACUACAGAUCCUGCUCAAACUUCAAGGGGCAUCUCAAUUCCUUUCUCCUCAAUUGCUAUGGCUUCCAUGAUGAUUCUAGAUAAUGUUAAUAUUUCUUCCUUUCGUUGCCCAGCACUUAAUUUCCGGUAUCAGGAAUUAUUAUUUGAUCAGAUUCAUCUUAAUAUUUUAUCUUAAAUACAACUUAUUAUUUACAUAGUUUGUUUUCUAUCCACAUUUGUUUAAAAUGUUUUCUCCUGAAAAAGUAUAUGAUCUUUUACGUUCCUUUAAGCUUCUAAUGGGAAAAGCUAGGUAUAUGGUGGUUAAUACAUAAAGACAAAUCGCAUUAAACCAGUGUAUCAAUAAAAAUCUAAUUGUCAAAAAAAUACAUUACUGGAAUAAAAUACAACUUACUUAAAGGUAGAUAUGA